AGAGGCCAAGCAGAGCGGAGUGACUACUCGGGCUCGCGUAGCAGUCUCCCUUCCCAGUUCCUGUUUCCGCCUUUCAGUCUUCAGACAGCUUAACAACUUAAAGCAUCAUCCUCAGGCAGAAAAUAGACCUUGAAGAAAUCCAAGCUUUAUGAGAAAGAAGUUGCCCUCUGAAGUCCGUUGUGAGUGGUCUGUGAGGCGUGUGUUAAGAGGGAAGUAUUCUACAAGGCCACUUCAUAGAGACCCAGAGAGACAUCUGUCAAUCAGUCAGUCAGGACUACAGAGACACAGAGGGUGACAGACCAGACUACCAGACCCAGGAUCAGCACACGCCCAGUCCAGCCUAGACCAGAGAGGACUCGGACAUCCUAACUCCCUGGAGGAACCAUAGCCAUGCAUUAACUAACCCCACCAACCCUACCUGAACUACCUCUCACCAUCUCCGUCCUCCCCCCUCCCCCCCCUACGCCCUCCGGCAUUCUCACCAUGCCUCAAGGCCUAUUGUGACGGGAGUGCUGUUCACCCCCCCCCAUCCCUCACCCCUCCAACCCAGCCCCAGAGGGGUGAAAGAUGCGCCCAUGGGCAGGUUCGUGGCGCUGGAUCAUGCUCGUGCUCCUGGCGUGGGGCACACUGCUGUUCUACAUCGGAGGUCACCUUGUGAAGGACAGCGAGCACCCGGAGAGAUCCAGCAGAGAGCUGUCCAAGAUCCUGGCCAAGCUGGAGAGACUGAAACAGCAGAACGAGGACCUGAGACGCAUGGCUGAGACACUCAGGUUACCAGAGGGCCAGUCUGACGGGGGCCCGGUGGUGAGUGCAGGCAGACUGCGGAUCCUGGAGGAACAAUUGAUCAGAGCUAAGGAACAGAUCAACUCCUACCGCAGCCUGCCUGGAGACGGGCCAGGUAGGAACCAGGAAGAGCUGCGGAGGAAGAUAGAGAAUGGGGUGAAGGAGAUCUGGUACUUUGUCCGCAGUGAGGUCAAGAAGCUGGGUCACAUGGAGCAGGGGGACCUGCAGAAACACAUCGACACACUGCUGCAGGAGCUGGGACACCAGCAGAGGUCCAUCAUGACUGACCUGCACUACCUGAGCCAGGCUGACGGAGCAGGAGACUGGAGAGAGAAGGAGGCCAAGGACCUGUCUGACCUGGUACAGAACAGGAUCACAUACCUCCAGAACCCCCAGGACUGCUCCAAGGCCAGGAAGCUGGUGUGUAACAUCAACAAGGGCUGUGGCUACGGCUGCCAGCUGCACCACGUGGUCUACUGCUUCAUGAUCGCCUACGGCACCCAGCGUACCCUCAUCCUGGAGUCCCAGAACUGGCGCUACGCCACGGGAGGCUGGGAGACCGUCUUCCUCCCGGUCAGUCAGACGUGCACCGAGCGCACCGGGGUCACCACCGGACACUGGUCAGGCGAGGCUAAUGACAAAGACGUCCAGGUGGUAGAGUUACCCAUCGUGGACAGCCUGCACCCCCGCCCCUACCUGCCCCUGGCCAUUCCCGAGGACCUGGCCCAGCGCCUCCACCGGCUCCAUGGUGACCCUUCCGUCUGGUGGGUGUCUCAGUUUGUCAAGUACCUGAUCCGGCCCCAGGCCUGGCUGGAGAAGGAGAUCCAGGACACCACGGCCAAACUGGGCUUUAGGCACCCCAUCAUAGGGGUCCAUGUGAGACGGACAGACAAGGUGGGGACAGAGGCAGCCUUCCACCCUAUAGAGGAGUACAUGGUACAUGUAGAGGACCAUUUCCAACACCUAGCCAGGCGCAUGCUAGUGGACAAGAAGAGAGUCUACUUGGCCACUGACGACCCCUCACUACUACAGGAGGCCAAGGCUAAGUACCCAGAAUAUGAGUUUAUCAGUGAUAACUCCAUCUCGUGGUCUGCGGGGCUGCAUAACCGCUAUACCGAGAACUCUCUGAGAGGAGUCAUCCUAGAUAUUCACUUCCUGUCCCAGACCAACUUCCUGGUCUGCACCUUCUCCUCACAGGUGUGCCGUGUGGCCUAUGAGAUCAUGCAGACCCUCCAUCCUGACGCCUCAUCUCAUUUCCACUCCCUGGAUGACAUCUACUAUUUCGGGGGCCAGAACGCCCACAACCAGCUAGCCGUGUACGCCCACCAGCCCCGGAGCUCCGACGACAUCCCCCUAGAGCCCGGCGACCUGAUCGGGGUGGCGGGGAACCACUGGGACGGCAACUCCAAGGGCAUCAACCGCAAGACGGGCCGCACCGGCCUCUACCCGUCCUACAAGGUGAAGGAGAAGAUCGAGACCGUAAAGUAUCCCACGUACCCCGAGGCAGACAAGAUGCUGAAUCAGUAGAGAGAGACUGAGAUACAGACUGCUGCCCAGACAGACACUGCUAACUUAUGAGAGAAAACGUGGACCUUUAGCCCGAGAGAGGGGACGAAGGGGAAUGCACUUUGAAUGAGUGUGGGUCUUGGUCAGUUGAAGUGUGUAUGAGUGCGUGUGUGUGCGCGUUUGUGAAAUGCGGCAUGCGGAGUAUCUACAGGGUAUCUGACUUACUCCUCACCAACCUGACCCUCCGGGACUAGGACCCUCCAGUGACUAACUCCUCACCAACCUGACCCGUCAGGGGGGUAAAAUAAAAGACUACAAUUAGCAAAGAAAUGAAAGAAAAAACGAAAAUAAGGAGUAAACAAAUGAUAGCACUCCGGUGGAAUGAUGAAGGGAUCGCCCAAUCAGAGCUCUUUAUUUAAAUAAUAGUUGAAAUGACUGAGAAACCUCAGAAUGAUGACUGAAAAAAUAACUACAAAGAGAACUAAUUGUGAACUGUAAGAGCCAACAAACAAACUCUUGACUUUCGCCUCUCCCCCUGUGCUGUUCUCUUCUCUUCUUGUGGACAUUGGUUGUAGCCAAUUGUUUUCUUCCUUCUUUCCUUCCUGCCCCUGCUUCCUCUCCUCCUUUCACUCCUUUCUUCACUCACUCCGUUUCAACUUACGCCAACUCAUGCAUUUUUUCUGGCCCACCCUCUAUUAAUUUUUCACCGCCAUAUUGUGCUUUUGGAUAAGUGAUUUUAAUGUUUUUAGUUGUUGUCGUUGGUGUGUGCGAGAGUGUGCGAGUGUGUGAGCAUUCAAGCAUGUGUGUGGGGUGUGUGUGAGUCCAAAUAGGGUGCCUACUAAGGAAAAUGGCUUCUGUACUUCUUCUCUCCAAGUGUCUCUGUUUUUGUUAGUGUCAAAGUGACGUCAGAGCCAUAAGGACCCAGGCCUUGCCAUGCAGAUACUGCACAUGCAGAAUAAUACAUACUGUACAUAAUAGAGAACUGUAUAUGCAGAAUACUGUAUAUGCAGAAUACUGUAUAUGCAGAAUACUACAUGUAGGAUACGGUAUAUGCAGAAUACUACAUGUAGAAUACUGUAUAUGCAGAAUACCACAUUCAGAAUACUGUACAUACAGAAUACUACAUGCAUAAUAGAGAACUGUAUAUGCAGAAUACUGUAUAUGCAGAAUACUGUACACUCCAGUCCAGACUCACUUAACUGUGUCUUACUCAUUUUCUGUUGUUCAUGUCCUUUUUCAAAUGUUAUUUUAAUGUUAUUGAAUUUGAAAGAAAAAUGAAAAUUGACAACUACACUUUAAAAGAUUACAAACAAUGAUUAUUUACGUAUGAUGAUGAUAGCAUUGAUGAAGAUGAUGAUUAACGAAGAAUAUGAUUAUUGUCCACCAUGAAGACAUGUUCAUAUUUUAUGUUUCUGGGCAUUGUCUUUGAUAAAAGCAGAUCAAAUAAAGUGAUCGGCUCAA